CCACAUAUGUAUACAUUCAAAUAAAAAUAAAAUAAACGACCACUACUGUGGUGUUACGAAAGAAAACUGAGCAUGUCUGUUUGGAGAAAACUGCGUGUAACUCGUGUGACACACAGUUGAAGUAUUGUAGUAGACCUGUUGACAACAUAUAGUGCAGAUCAUUCUAGUUUCAAUAGCAAUGGGUGCUAUUUGUAAUUUGCACACGCUUAUUUGGAUUUUAGUCUGUGGUGUAAUAAUUCAUGGCAGUCGCCUAAAAAGAACUGUUACCUCCAAUUAUAUAUCAUCACAGAUUUAUCCAAAAGAUACGUAUACAGUCUACAGAGAUUCAAAAGUGUAUGCUAGAAUUGCUGAACCUUUGCCGGAUGUAAGGCUACAAAAAAUUAAUUUUCGAUUUCAAGUAAAUCAAAAUCCUGAAAUAUUCGGUAUAACAGUUGAUGGCAUAGUAUACAUCAAGAAUGCAAUAUUUUUAAAGAAAUUUAAUCAAUCUCAAUCUACACUAAAAAUCGUUUGUGGUGAUGAUCAAAUAACAAUAAUUACUUUAAAUUUUAAAAAUCUACCUAAUGAACAAUGUAAGGAAACGUCACACUGUUCUAAUAUACACUUAGACAUAAAAUCCGAGUGUACAUCAUCAUGUGGAAUUGGGUCUAUUUCUAAAUGUCAGUGGCGAGAAUCAUCAAAACCAGAUAUGAUUACUGUUAAUUAUUCAACAUGCACUCCAGAUACAAAAACUUGUCCAGAUGGAUAUUGCGACAGUUUAGAAAAGAUUAACUAUUUGAUUUGUCCACAAGACUGUACCAAUAAAGUAUUCGGAACUGGCUCAAAAGGGAAAAACGGAAUUUUGAGAGCUAAAGGUGUAUGUACAUGUGAUGAAAUCGGAAAGUGUACGUGUGAAUCAAAGAUGAACGCUGGUCGAAAAAAUAAAAACAAAUCUAUUCCGCAAACACCAAUAAAUUAUGAACAAGAUCCAUGUGAAUAUUGGUGUGACAACAAUGUUAAUAUGAGUAUAAUAAUUGUAAUCACGUUUGCAUCAAUUGGAAUUGUUAUGUAUUGUUGCAGAAAUAAAAUUUUUUGGAUUUUGGGGAGCAAUAAAACAAACAGAAACGUCAGAACACUAGAAGAAUUGUUACCAUCUCGUGAUCAAAAUAUAAUACAUCAACCAAAUAUAAUACCUAACAGGGAUAACCUAAUCCAUAAUACUGACUUUGAUCCUAAAUGGGAAUUUCCAAGAAACAGGCUUAUUCUAGAAAAAGUAAUUGGCGAAGGAGCAUUCGGUAAAGUUUUAAAAGCUCAAGCUAUGGAUAUUACUGGUACAAAAGGCAUGUCAACGGUCGCAGUAAAAACCAUUAAACAAAAUGCUGGCAGUACCGAAAAAGAUGAUUUACUAUCAGAAUAUAAUCUGUUAAAAGAUGUUAAUCAUCCUAAUGUAGUAAAACUACUCGGAGCUUGCACCACUCAAGACGGACCAUUUUACCUCAUUAUAGAAUUCGCCAAAUAUGGUUCACUUAAAUCAUAUCUCCGCAAAAGUCGAAUUUUAAAUACCAACAUUGAUGGAUUUGUUUCCAACACUGAACAUUUUCAGCUAAAUGAUAGGAUGACAUCUUCAACUUUGCAAAUUUAUCCAAUCAACUCAAAAGAUAUUUUAACAUUUUCUUGGCAAAUAUCUAAGGGAAUGACUUAUCUUGCAGAACUAAAAUUAGUUCAUAGAGAUCUUGCUGCAAGAAAUAUAUUAGUCACUAAAGACAAAGUGUGUAAAGUAUCUGAUUUUGGUUUGACCAGAGACGUUUAUGAAGAUAACGCUUAUUUAAAAAAAACUAAAGGGAGAGUUCCAGUUAAAUGGAUGGCACCCGAAUCAUUAUCAGAUAAUAUAUACACAAGCAAAUCGGAUAUUUGGAGUUUUGGAAUUGUACUAUGGGAAUUAGUUACUUUAGGAACAGAUCCAUAUCCUGGAAUAGAUGCAAAAGAUUUAUUCAAAUUAUUGAAUGAAGGCUACCGAAUGGAUAAACCAAAUAAUUGUUCUACUGAAUUAUAUGAUAUCAUGAAUAGCUGUUGGGCAGAAGACCCUUACAGACGACCUAGUUUCAAAUCGUUAACUACAUCACUAGAAGAAAUGUUAGAAAAAGGAAAUGAUUAUUUAAAAUUGGAGUUCAAUCAAAUAGUUAACAACAUGUGUUAUCUAAUGAAUGACAAAGAAUCAGAAAAUAAAAAUGCAAUUGAAAACACAGAGGAAGAAGUAAAAUACGAAAUUCCGAAGUCUCAUAAUGAAAUAGGAAUGACAUAUGUUACAAUGAAUGAUUUUAUAUUUGAUCAUAAGGAAAAAACACAAAUUGUGUAAAGUCAUUAAAUAAUGUGAUUUGUUACCAAGUAAAAGUUACCCAAGUACGUACUAGUCAACUAAUAUACGAGUAUGCUUAAAUAUUGUAAAGGAUUUUGAUGUUUCAUUAUUUGUUAUUCAUUCUUUAAAAAAGUAAAUAAAAUAAUGCUUAAUUUGAUUUAAUAAAAAAAAUUUGA